AUGGCGAAGGAGGACAGACGCCCGUCCAAGUGUAUGAAUCCGAUGGAUUCCAAGACGCAAGACCAGAUCCCUUCGCCGCAAUCGCCCUUCAAAUACGGCAAUUUGAAAUGUAUAGGUCGAGGUAAUUUUGGAGACGUUUACAAAGCAACCGACUUGACUUCGAAAAACAAGGCUUCGGUGGCUAUAAAAGUGACCAACUUGGACGAUUCUACCGACGAUAUUCAGCAGAUUGUUAACGAGAUUCAGUUCUUGUCCAAGUUGAAGCACCCCAACAUCAUUCAAUAUAUCGAGAGCUUUGCCCAACAUUAUAACAUGUUUAUUGUGAUGGAUUUUUGUGAUGGUGGGUCGUGUUCCGACUUGUUGAAAUACCACAAGAAGUUGCGCGAGCCGGUAGUCAGUUAUAUCAUCAAGAGUGUCUUGCAAGGGUUAAAUUAUUUACAUGGACAGCAAACCGUCCAUCGCGACAUCAAGGCGGCCAAUAUCUUGUUGACAGAUACCGCUCUCGUGAAGUUGGCCGAUUUCGGCGUCAGCACGGAAUUGACAUUGACAAAGAAGAAAAAACAUACUUUUGUUGGUACGCCGUUUUGGAUGGCUCCCGAAGUUAUAACUCGCGGCGCCCCCUAUGGCCGCGUUAAAAAAAACGACGGAUACGAUUACAAGGCCGAUAUAUGGUCAACGGGGAUCACCACGAUCGAGUUGGUCAACGGGGCUCCGCCAUUGGCCGAGCAUGAGCCUUUGAAGAUCUUGUUUGAAAUUCCCAAGAAGAAACCGCCGAUCUUGAAAGGAUCUCAGUACGGAGAAAACAUCAAGGAUUUCGUUAAAUAUUGCUUGAUCAUGGAACCGGAAAAGAGACCCAGCUGUGCCACGUUGUUACGCCACUACUUUAUUACCAAGCAGUCGAACGCCUCGGUCCAGCAGGAAUUGAUCGAGUUGAUUGCCAGCAAGAAUGCCUACUUCAGCACCAAGGUUUACUCCAAACCGAGACACCGGUUGGAUUGUAAUAGAAUCGACAGUGCUGCAGCAGAUGAAGGGUCAGAGUACGCGUCCAGCGCCUACCCUUUGGAAUGGGAGUUUACACCCACCACUAAAAAAGGCGACUACCAAUCGCCCAUCAGCGAACAAGUCGAGCUCAGGACAGAUAAGGAGAACGUCGAGCCGAGAACAGAGUCCCACAACGCUAGCGACUUGAAAAUGCAAGCCCCUAUGGAACAGCAUAAACUAGCAAAGCCCCAGCCCGAGCUUGUCGACGUGCAAAGCGCGGUUAGAAACGAUAACAAGAGCACGCUCUUGUUCCAUUGCUUGGAGAAGGUCUUGCAACGAGGCCGAGACGAGGAAACGAGGAAAGGUGUUGAGCAUUUGAUCGAUGUGAUCUACAUCUGCGAGCAGAACCAUCCGGGGUUGUGCAAUGCCUUGGUUCAAGAACUCGAACGAGCUCUUCGAAAAUGA